AUGUCUUUUCAAAAUGUAACACAAUGUAUUGAGAAAGAAACAUUAAAACAUCCUAUUCGUGGAAUAUGGAGAAAUGAAGAACAACUUGAAUGUGAUGGUAACGAAGACGUAAUUUUCGAGAACUGUUUAAAGGAAACAUUUUUAAUCGCCGAGAGACUUCCAACAGAGUCAAAUAUUAUUCCAGAUCUACAAAACACAAAUGUUUUAAAUGUCGGAGAAGACAUCGACAAAACCGAUUACUUUGACAGCGAGGACGAAUACUGGGAGAAUCAUACGUCGACAAUGGGGGAUGAUUUUCAUUUCGAUGCAUAUGACAAGGGAUACAGUUCUACAUUUACAGGCACCAGGAAUAUGGGAAGAUAUAGUCAGGGAGUAGAACAAUACCUGAACAUGCCUGUCUUUCAAAAGUCUUUACGAAAGUUUGCAGUUGACAACAGUUUUGACGUACAUGACGUCAUUUCCGAUGGGAACUGCAUGUUUCGGGCUAUCGCUGAUCAGUUGCUAAUUAAUGGCUGCCUUGGGCAUACAACAGAAUCUCUCAGACUAACAGCAAUAAAGUAUCUUAGACAAAAUCCUUUCCAUCAAGACAAAGGUCACCUGUCUUCCUUUUUAUCAGAGGAAACAUGGGAGGAAUAUCUAACAAGAAUGUCGAGUUCUGGUGAAUGGAGCGAUCACAUCAUUUUACAGGCUGUAGCUGAUGUAUUCUCUCUAGAAGUUAUCGUCUUCAACGUCUACCAUGACGACAUUUGCCGGACUGAAGUGAAAGGAAAAAUGAACAUAAGUGACCAAAAUUGUUUAACAAUAUUUCUCGGUCACCUUGGAGAGUUCCAUUAUUUAAGUUUGCGUCCAAAACUAUGGCUGAGACACUGGCCUUACAAGGUUCUGAUACUAAGAAUCCUAGCCUGUUCAAAUGACACUGGCUCUGAAACAAAAAGGCACUUUAUAACACAACAGCUGAAAAGAAUGAUGGACGAAAGGUUCGUAUCAAAGACCACAUUACAUGAAAUUGCCAAAUUUGCUCUGCACAAGAUCGCUGUGAACGAGGGUGAAGGCUUGGGAGAGAAAUGUACCAAUGACAGGGAAUGGACACAUGUUUUCAGACCGUACAGCCAAUUGGAUUGUCAGUCCGGAGUGACUGAAGAAUCGUGUCAACACCUAACAGAGGAUGGGAUGCAGAUAGAUUCGCUGACAGGAAUGCCAUUAAUACAUUUAUCCUUCAUAAUGAAAAGUCUCCUGGCUCAAACACUCAAAAAAGUUUACUUUGUUCCGCAGGGUCAUCUAUUUUAUACAGAAGAAAAUCGAGAAAUUCUGUACUACCAUUUUAUAGGUCCUUUUUGUGACCCAUGUUUUUUUACGUUAAAAGACAUAACCCGUUCGCAGAAAAUGGACAAAUUCUACACUGAACGCCAUUUGAAGAGGCCAAAAAUUGUUAUCAUUAGAAAGGACAAAAGUUUAUUAUAUGCUGUUUCCUCUGAAAAAGAAAAUUCGCCAUCACAUUUAUACGUUGAUACUUCAGCUUCUCACCCUGGUUAUUGUAGGAUUAAACUUCCAAAGAUUCAGACAUCUUGCAGAGAUGAAAAUAUUUUGCAAAUUGACUCAAAUGUUUAUCUAAAAGCGUACGACAUUCCUGAAAGAAUUAAAUCUGUUCCGCAUUUUCAUGAAUAUGAAGUGCAGUGUAUUGGUUUUCAAUGUCCAUUCCCUUCAUUGACAUCUCAAUGGAGGAAGAAGAAAAGAAACUAUGAUUACCCCUCGGCCGUCCUCAUUGGCCGCGCAAGAGGAAAAAAGGUUACGUUAAUUCCAAAAGCGCACACAACAAGCGAAAAUUCAGCGAUUGAAUGGAAAUUCGACUUUUCCUUGGCAGAGUUCACAAUGAUUUCAAAUCUAACAAAGACACAACAAUAUGGAUAUUUUGUGUUUAAAGUGUUGCUCGAAAACAUGACAUCCCACCUUAACAAGACCCUGAAGCGAAAGCAUUUAAAAGCUGUAUAUUUGAAUGCAGCUGAGGAAAUGCCUUCUAGUGCUUGGGACACCUGCUUCAGUGGUUGUGUACUGUAUGUCAUCAGCAAAUUGUUGGCCUGUUUAAAAAUCGGUUUUCUGCCGCACUACUUCAUACCAAGCAAUAACCUUAUUGAUUGUUUUUCGGAAGCUGACAUCAAUGCUCUCUCUGUGUGCGUUGAGUCUAUUCGUUUGUUUCCAGUAAAUAUCAUCCAGUUUGUUGCCGAAACACAUGGAUUUAUGUAUGGAAAAAACUUAAUAAAUUUGAUUCUGUCAGACGUAUCGUCUUUUGUGCAAACAAAGGAUUUAAGAGCUACUGUGGAAAAAACAUUGAUUCCAACAUCCAUUCGCACAACAAAGGUUCUCUCAAGAAUGGGAUUUUAUGACGCAGUAUCUCUGCUGCUUGAAAAUAUGUAUGAACAGCUGCUUUUGCUACCAGAUUCAGAAAGAAAUACUCUGAACUUUCAAGAUUUCAUUCAGGAUGUAAUUGACAAAAUUGACCAACGGUCAUCUCGAAUCAUUCUUGCAAAAUAUUUUGACAGAGACUAUGGACUACAUCUGUCAGCAAAUUAUACGCAAGAUAAUGCUUCCAAACUGAAAAACCUUUUACCAUGGGAGGUAGAUGAUAAAAUCGGUUGGUUAACUGUACCAGAUGCCCCAGCUUCAGAUUUAACUUCAAUAGCAAAGUUUUUGUACGGGUAUAGUCUAGCAGAAUUAGACAAAAGGAACGCAACACUAAGUUUAUCUACAAUAGAAACAGCCAUACGCUGUUUAAAACAUGUAAUCGAACAAAAUUCUUUAGAGAUGAGCACCAUUGAAGAUCAGAUUUUGAAAGAAGAUGUGGUUUCACAAACCCGUGAACUGAAGCAAAACCUAAACCAGUGCUACUUGCAUUUGUACCGUGCAUCAUGUUUAGAAAUGUACAUAUAUCCUUUAAUCAAUCAUAUGGAUGACAUAGAAAGACAAUGCGAGGAAUUCCCAAACAUGACUGGCAUAGUCGGCGAAAUGUUUCGCCAUUUGAGAAUGCCCGACAAGCAGAGGGAAUAUCAGUUAAAAUUCAGUUCGUAUCUUUCAGAAACAGGAGGUCCUAAGUUUAUAAUCUUAUUAUGA